AUGAGCUUAGAAGUACUUGCUGAACAACAACAAUUGCGGCAAACAACACCGUUGUUCAAUGCUGAAUUGAUCAAUAAGUAUUCGAAAUAUGUAAAAACGAUUGGUAAACGGGUUGUUGAAGUGGAGUUUUGUUGGUUUCAAGCUAAUCCAUGUCAAAGUUUUCGCCUGCGAAUGACCGAAAAACAAUUUCUCGAAGCCCAAAAGCACAUUCAUUCGAAAAAAUUACUAAAUAUGAAAUUCGAGCAAUUUACUGAUUUAAUCGCUCCUGUCUUUGCUCAUAAUGCCGCGGACAUUAACGACUUCAUAUUGCGUUCAACUUACGACCGAUUGUUUGAUCAAAAGUCGAAUGGUACUGUUGAUCAAGAAGAAUUUCACUCGCUUUUGAAACUACUCAAAGCAUUCAAUCGUAACCAAAAUGAUUUAGAAAGGAAUUUCUAUCUCUACGAAACACUUCGACAAACAUUUGCGCAUCGAAAUAACCAUAUUUCAUUUCAAGAAUUCUGUGAGUUUGUCAAAUGUGGCUACGUUCGAGAACUUCUAAUGGGUUAG